GGUUCACUUGCCCGUUCAGAUGAAAAUGGGCCUCAUCAGACCACCAAACACAAGACAAGAAGUUUGGGUUGUUUGUGCACUUUUCCAAAAACCAUUUGCAAAAUUGUUCCCUCUGCUCAAAAUCCGCAGCAAACAGCUUUUGAAACACUUUAAGCUUAAAGGCAGAUAAGGCGAGAUCCUUCUUGAGAAUCCUGUGAGUGGAGGACUUGCUGAGACCGACCCUAGACGCGAGGCGCCGCACCGACACUUUCGGCGUCUGACCAACCUGCUCUGCGACCUUUCGUAUGGCCUCCUGGCUGCGAGAUGUUUUUUUUUCCGACCACUGUUUCCGGCAUUCUGGUUACUAAUGGACCCUUCUGCCAGAAACUUCUCAGUCAGACGCUGUAUGGUCUUUAUCGUUGGAGCUUCUCGGACCUUAAAAUGUCUGCGAUACUGCCUUUGCGUUAAAACGGCUGAUCCGUGUUUGAGAUAAAAUUCGACUAUUUUGGUUUUUUGUUCAGUAUUAAACGGCUUCAUGACUGACAGAGCGCUCGAGCCAUACAACAUAAUUUCCAUGAAUGACGCUUUCGAUUGAUGUUAAAAUUUUACAUGUCACGCGCAUAUUUUUCUUUGUACUCCUAAUUUAAAUUUGGUACUUUUUUCUGGGACACCCGGUACCUUCCAGUCUUUCCACUAACUUCACUAAUCUUUUCACUGACUUUCUUUUAGAAAUUUCCACAAGACACUUCGAUUGAAAACCCAGAAAAACAGAACACCAAACUGACGUCCAACGUCAUAUGAUCACUUCCUAGCUAUCAAGAUGCCACAAAGUGGUCCCACCGGGCUGUCUGCCGACAGUGGGCGGAGCCGGCAGAGAAGGCCUUGGACGGCCAGGACGGAGCAGCUCCACUAUAAAAGCCGGUCCGGUCGGCACCACAGCAUCACACACCUCGCUGACGGCUAGCGACAUGAACGCUCUGGUGGCUCUCUCCGCCCUGGUGGCUGCGGCUUCGGCCCAGCUCGCCCUGCCCUACGCUGGCCUGUACAACGCCGGCCUGUACCACGGCUACAACGGCUAUGCCGGCUACAACGGCCUCUACCCGGCCGGCUACACUGGCUACAACGGCUUCUACCCCACCACCUACGCCGGCGGCUACCACCCGGCUGGCUACGCCGGCUACGGCUACGCCGCGCCCUACAGCUACGCGUCCACCUACCACGCCCAGGACGAGCUGGGCCAGGCGUCGUACGGACACGUGCAGGCCGACCAGGCCCACUCGGCCGUGCGCGACGCCUACGGUAACGUGGUCGGCAGCUACAGCUACCUGAACCCCGAGGGCGAGACCAUCACCGUCAAGUAUACGGCCGGCGCCAACGGCUUCCAGGUGGCCAGCAACGCGCUGCCCGUGGCGCCCGUCGACACCGGCGUGGCGCCCGUCGAGACGCGCACGGCGCCCAUCGACACCGGCGUGGCGCCCCUGCCGGUCGACUUCACGCCCGAGGUCAAGGCCGCCACCGCCGAGCACCUGGCCGCCGUCGAGGAGGCCAAGAGCCGCAACAAGCGCAGCCUGGUCUUCCCCACGCCGUCCGUCUACGCCGGCGUGCCCGCCUUCUACUCGGCCGGCUACGGUCUGGCGCCCGCCCCGGCCGUCACCUACUCGGCCGGCGCCGGCUACCCGGCAGAGCUGACCGAGGUCAUCCUCAACCCGGGACACGCCACCGCCUACCGGGUCGACCCGGUCGCCUAGAGCGUCCGCCGCCCGUUCAUGUCGCUAGUCUGUCUCUGGAGUCAGCCGUCCGUGCGGUGGGCGGCGGUCAGUGCGAGUCGCUCCGGCUGCGGCCGUCAGCGGACGAGCAAGUGGGCCGACAGGCCGCCGCGGCGCCGGCGCCGUGUGAUCGCCGGCGUCGCAGCGCGGUGGCCGCUGGCCACAGUGCCCGUCCCGGCCGGAGCGGCUCGAUCAGGACCGCCCGCCCGACACACGGACUCGCCGUCAUCAGACGCAGCCAACGCCGUUAUGAUUGACGACGACGACCACUGUUUGAUCCCCCUGUGACUCUGACGCACGGUUCAUUGGUGUAUAGUUCAUCUGCUGAAUAUAUACAUUCACUUUCGUA